AUCUUUCGAUAGAGCUUCAAAUGAAGUUCAGCGAACAUGGAUCCGGGCCAUCUACGUCGGUCACUUCUCCCCUGGCCUCUCCAACGACAACUGCUUCGCCCCCUUUUCCCCGCAGCCACAGAUUCGAUCCAUAUGAGCGUCGGCAUUCAAUGCCUACACUCGAACUGCCUGCCAUUUUCCACAUAGCAGGCCAGACACAAGCUCAGCAGCAAUCUGGCUCAGAGGAACUGCACGAUGCCAUCCCUCAGGCAUCUCGCAGUAUAAUGACACCUCCCAAGACCCCUGAUUCCAAGUUCAAGGUGCAUUUUUCUCCAGGCAUGUCGCGGUCCAACUCGAUGGGCCAUGCCUCUAGAACGAGCACCGGACAUAGCAGGCCUAAUCUUCCAGGCAAUCCUUCGAUCCACAAGUCCAGCAAUCCGUAUUUUGUCUCGACCUCCAUGCCGAUAACAUCUCUUGCAUCUAUCCCUCCGAGUAAGUUGGGCCGUGCUUCCUCUGCACUUGCCAUUUCAACUGCGUCCCGACCCAAGUCGCCUUAUACUGAAGAUCAAGGCUACAGUUACUACCAGCAGGAACAGCAAUUGCAACAUUCGCUGCCGCGUCCGAACCUGACUAGACACGAGUCUCUGGGACACCAACCCACAAGAGAUGAGUAUCGUGAACACCACCGUUCGAUGGAUAUAGAUCCUUUCUCUGCACUUGCUGAACUGGCCAACGUGGCAGAGAAGCACCGAGACAUGCGACCCACGACGAUGAGUGUUCACAGCCCGGAUGAGAUGGACGAAGAUGGCAACGCGAGUGCGAUGAGAGCCAUGAUGGCAAGGUCCGGUGGCCUGGCACGUCGCUUCUCGACCUCUUUGGAUAACCUGAAAGAGGAAGAGCAUGCGGACGAAAAUGGCUAUCAUCGUGUGCAGCACUCGUACCACGUUGACCAACGAUCCGUAUCGAACAGCAACUUGCAUAGCCAAUUUGAAUCCCAAGGGCCUUCCACUCCCUCGCCUACGUCAAGAGUCCCGGUUCACCCUUACUUCCAAGCUGAGUCUUCUUCGGAGGCCUAUUCCACCUCGGAUCAUGGCGGUGGUUCAGAUCGCGAGCAAGACUAUGCGGACUAUGGUGUUAGGAGAGAAUCGUCUCCCGGUCCGAGUGCACCCUACCUUGCCAUGCGCCGAGGAUCUGUUCGAGAGCUCAUGGCCAUUAACAAUCUGUGCCUGAGCUCCGAAGAGAUGGAGCGUUGCUAAAAAAAAAUAAUGACAUCCUUGAUCUUUAUUGUUCCUUUUUUUCGUUUGUAUAUACGUCCAUUUGCAAGUGUUUGUUUCCUAAUGAUAUAUCCAUAAUACCACUUCCUGCUAUACUAUCGUCUCCGUGUCGUUUCUGUUUCAUGCUAUCUUUUCACCAUAGAAUUAUAAGAAAAAAAAAUUACAACAAUAAAUCGAUUUGCCACUGCAACCACAACGCAUA